CAUCGACUCGUCACCGUCAACUCGUCAACUCGUCAUUCUGACAGCGUCCACUGCCAGGCAUGGACGUGCGCGCGCGCCGCGCUAUCAUCAUGACGUCUGUUAUUGUUUGUGUCAUGUUAUCAGCGAGUCUGAUUCUGUCUACAUAUGCCAAUUAUAACAGCUUCGGCCCUUUCCGAACCCUUCUUUAUUCCGAUUGGAUUACAUGCGACCACAACAAGAAUAUGGAGGUGAGCGUCAACGAAACGCAAGUAUUCUUCUACGACUUCGCUUAUGAUAUCAACGCAACCAGCCCCAUAGACCAGGCUGUUAACAUCAUCAGCACUUAUAACCUUGAUGUGACGCGUCGCUUCAUAGUCUUCGUUCCCGGCUACAAAUCACAUAUCAGUAAAAAGACCGAAGAGCUCAUCCGACAAACGUUCCAGAAUGUCCCAAAUACCUACCUCAUAAUCUUCGACCAUUCCACCUACACGACGUCAAGACCGGGUAAGUUAAAAGGCUACGAAAGAGCGGUGUACCACACGUACUACUUAGGAAGAGCUGUCGGGAAAUUCCUGACCGAGCUGCGGAGGAAAGGGGUACCGUCUAGAAACAUACAUUGUGUGGGGCAUAGCCUGGGAAGUCAGAUGCUGGGCUACGCUGGCAGUGCGUACAUCAACGCUACAGGAGAGAAGCUGUGGAGAGUCACAGCCAUCGACCCGGCCGGUCCUUGCUUCUCGAACAGUCUCAUAGAGGAACAGAUACGUUCUGGGGUAGCUGAAUACGUGGAGGUGUACCACUGCAACGCGGGGGGUCUCGGGACCACCAGCGUACUAGGAGACGUAGAUUUCUUCUUUAACUACGAAGGUGCCAUCCAGCCGAAGUGCAACCCAGGCAUCUUGCCAGGAAAGGGGGAGUCUGAUGCUGCUAAAUGCAGUCACAAGGCGUGUGUGCGGUACUGGGCGUACACGGUUCAUAACCCUGGGUAUUUCCUGGCGUGGAAGUGUGAUUCCUACAAGGAGUUCAACAAAGGGCGGUGCGCCGGCAACGAGGUGACGAUAGCUGGGUACAGCAAUCCGGGCAACGCCACCGGUGUGUUCUAUGUGUCUACUGAUGGAUAUUAUGGACUUGAUUAGUAAGUGAGUGACUGAUUCUUAUUGUGAUAAUGAUAAAUAGAUUUUUUAUAUUUUCUGAUAACAAUAACAAUAUUUUUAAGUUA